GUUAGUAAAUGUAAAAUGACUAGGAUAUGUGUAUAUAUUUAUAUAUAAGCUGUGAUAAACAAUAUUGAUCAGUUCUUUUCUUUCAGCUAAAAGGUACACACAAAAGCAUCUAAACAAAUGAAAAAAAAAACAUUAAAAAGUGGGGGUAGGGCGGUUGAGAUCAAUAUUCUAAGCAAAUUUUUCGUGGUAGUACCAUUAGGGUUUAAUGCAAAUUGCUAAUUAGAAUUCCAGUAAAACUGUAUUAAAUCACUGUAUAUUUGUGUUAUUAUCUAAACUUCCACCAGGCCAUGUUUCAUAGUUUAAAAAAAAAAAUUAAAAAAAAUAAAAAAAAAUAAAAAAAAGUUUAAUGAGGUUGAUUUAAGGCAGGCUAUACGUCAAUAUUAUUGGACCAACGCUGUAAACAUUGAAUCACAAUCUUAAUAUUGGUGUUAGCUUAUAUUCUGCCAUUUUAUAGAGCCACACUAAUUUCGUUUUAACAUUUUUUAAAAAUGUGAUUUUGCAAUGUACACAAUUGUAGAAAAACUUGGAAUUUCUUUUAUUUAGCAUUAAUCUAUUGCAAAAUGCAAAUUACACGUACACAAUCUACUCUGUUUUGUGUUUCAUAUAGCAGGGAAAUGCAUAGUGUUUAGCAUUUUUUUUUUAGAAACAUGUAAAAAAAUGUUUUGACUAGUAUUGAUAUUUAGUGAGCAUUAAUGUCAUGCUUUACCACUCUUUUUCUAAUCACAGAAUGUGUCUGUGGGAUAAAAAUCACAUCGUAUGAAUGAAUCAGACUUAGCGUUUGCAUAUCACCCUCACCAACUACAUACAUAGUUUAGACACGUAUGGGAAACUGGAAUGCUAUAGAUAUAAAACCGAAGUAGUAACUUAUUUGACUAUAGGUUUAAAUGUUGGGGAAGUUGUUUUAACGAGGAAGAGUAUGCUGCAAACAUAACAGAUCAGUUUUUAGGACAUAAUUUAUAGACCUUAAAUACAUUUUAAAAAGGCAGUUAAAACUGAAUAUAUUGCUAUAUCUAUCUAUCUAUCUAUCUAUCUAUCUAUUUAUCUCUAUCUGUGUCUCUUUUUAUCUACUUAGCUAUCAACCCAUCGAUCUGUGUAUCUUUCUAUCUAUCUCUGUCUCGUUACGAAGUAUAUUAUCUUACCCAGAACAAAGAAAUAAAUAUGUGCAAGCUGUUAUGGCUCAGAUACGUCCCCAUUUCAAUACAGCAUACCUUACAAAAUGUAUUGGUGCACUUAGUCUUUUUUUCCUCUCUGUGCACCAUAUGGAUUGUCUCAGACAAAGUCUACGUCUUUUGAACAUUUAACCUCACCGAAUAAAAACCUCACAUCCCACUCCAUGUGAGAGAAGCCAAUGUGCACUUCUGCUCAGACUCCGAGGUACCUACACAGGCCUUUUUAUGCAGAACAAACUGCCUCUAUGCUGCACCAAUAAUUAUUUACCAAGCUCAGGGCAGUGCUAAUACAAAUAUUUUCUUUGUGAAGAUGAACACAUUAUUUUGUUUUUUUUUUUAAUUAUUUUAGUUACUGAGUUGGUGUGUUCUAAAGGCUUUUAACAAAUAGACCUCCAGAAAUGUGAUCACCAGAUGUCUAAAGAUUUUUUUCAGACCUUUCCUGAAAGAAACAUAUAAAUAUGAAACAGGACAUAUGACUUUGUACAUACAUAACAUAGGAAUAUAUGAAACAUGACUGUGAGUAGAUGGGAUACACAGGCUGCAGUUCCCUGCCCACCUCUGUGCGGUGAGACCUAUGACAUUGCUGUUAGUGCCUAAUAGAUAAACAUGCCACAGGCGACACCCGGCUAAAUGGAGCUGAUUAUGCUGCGCAGCCCGUACCCAGCGUUGUACCUGGAUAUCUGUGUCGCCUAUAUGUGUGUUCUGUGUUCCACUAACUGAUGUCUGAUUUUUAUCGCUCAGAGAUGGCGGAUUGCGCUUAGUCGCUUAUUGGCAGCAGCCUGCAGCAGAUGUGCAUAGAAAUGAAAGCUGCCUUUGGGGGCUGUCAGGCUGCCUUCGGUACAGCGGCUAGAUCACUAGAUUGCAGGCAACAGGAAUCUAACAUUACAGCCAAUCUACUCUCCAGCCGACCCUUUAUAUGAUCAGUGGUGCAAGUGAAUCAGUAGGAGUGAGUGUAUAACCUGACUAUUAUAUAUUACAGGCACAAUGGAUUCCCUCUGUGUCCUACACAGACACUCAGUAACGGCUUGCACCUCUGCUGUCAGACUCUCAGCCCCCGUGUCGGUACAGUUUGUUCUUAUGUGUUGGGAAUAGUAGCACCCAGUGCCCAAUGUGCCUCUGGCAGAGAUUCCCCACCGAUGACCCCGGGCUCUGGGGUAAGUGUAUGAGGUCUGACUGCCAGAGCAUUUAUCUUCCUUGUGUUUCCUUAUCCGGGGUCCGGGGAAGCGCUGCCAUUGGCCCGCCGAAUCACGUGGCCUGCUAACUUUGCACACUUGACAGGGGAGUAGGAGGGUUCUGUGCAGAACAGAAAAACGACAACGCGAGAAAAAUUAGUAUUUUUUGUUGCACUUGCACAAAUUAAUGGCCAUGAGUUCGUUUUUGAUAAACUCCAACUACAUCGAGCCCAAAUUCCCACCCUGCGAGGAGUAUUCCCAAAAUAACUACUUGCACAGCCAGUCCCCAGAAUACUACGAGCGGCCGAGGGAGCCCGGGUUCGAGGCUCCUCCCGACACUCUGUACUCAGGAGCGGGUAGUUACCCAGAAGCCGGCUAUGGAUACAGCCACAUUGCUCCGCCGAGCCACGAAGCUGCAGCAACAGCCCAGGAUGGAAUCCCUCCAAAGGGGCACAGUCAAUCUCAGCAGCAACUUCUGCAAAGCCACGUCCUCAGGCAGCCUCCCCAGCACUGCGACUCCCUGCCAGUGCCCAGUGACAGUAUCCACCCCGAAAAGAACCCUGCAGCAGCCCUCAAGUGCAAGGAACCCGUGGUGUAUCCAUGGAUGAAGAAGAUCCAUGUCAACACAGUUAAUCCAAAUUACAGUGGAGGGGAACCCAAAAGGUCUCGAACAGCAUACACCAGGCAACAAGUCUUAGAGCUUGAGAAGGAGUUCCAUUUUAACCGUUACCUAACCAGGCGCCGACGAAUUGAAAUAGCUCACACUUUGUGUCUGUCUGAACGUCAGGUCAAGAUCUGGUUUCAGAACAGGAGGAUGAAGUGGAAGAAAGACCACAAACUCCCCAAUACAAAGAUGCGAUCUGCCAACACACCAGCUUCAAACCAACAAUCCAAAAUACAGGGCCAUCAGCACACAGAUGGGCCAGCAGCUCCAUUAUUAUAAUUUUUAAAUGUAUUAUUUAAAUUGCUGGUUAUCCUUGGGACCAAAUGACUUAUUUUGGGGAGGGGAAAAAGCAAAACUUAUUGCUCAGUGUUGGAUGAAAAACUCAAAAACCAAACAUGGACAAGUGCAAACACAUUCAAGGAUUUUUAAACGAGACCGUUUUUUUUGUUCUAUUUAUGUCUUAGACUGUAUCCAUAUAAAAUAAGUAAGGGACAUGUGUAUAGGAAUAUUUACAUAUAGCUGAGUGUCUACAUAGGAAACGAACUAUUUUGUAUACAAGAUACCUAAACCACAAAGACGUUUAGGAGAUAUGUGAUAAAGGUUAUUAUGGACCAUGCAUUGUGAUAUAACGUUAGAAAUAUCUGUGGGUAUUUAAGAAACCAGUGUAUCCUCCCCUACCCAAGAUGAUUUAUUUAAUGGCCUAGAUAUGUGGUCCCGUCCAGCAGUCAAAAGGAACUUUGUAAAUAACCGCUAGAAUAACAUUUUUGGUUAGAUUCGUGGAAUAGUGUUCUCCUGCUUAUUUUGUUGUUUGAGGCCAAUGUGUGUGAUGAUACCUUUUUGGAUGCUGUAGCAUAAUAAUAAUGAUAGAAGGCCUUCAAAUGUCUUGGAGACAAAGGCAUGGCGUAGUUAUACAAUACGGUAGUACAUGUUGUGGACUUGUGCUGUAUAUUGUGGUGCUAUCUGAAAUCUGAUGACAAUAUCAAAAAACAUUCUGUGAAAAUUAAAGUUUUCCCAUUCCUCCACAUGCCCUUCCUAAACUGUAAUAAAUGUAUUAUAAAUAUGAAAA